AUGGAUCUAUUAUCAUUGGACAAAGGCUCAGGAUUUCUGUCCCGGCCCUCUGGUGGUGCAGUGCAAGUCACCCAAUUACUCCAUCUUGGGUUGGCUGCCCCGGACUACGAUUCACUAACUGAGCAUGAUCUACCGAACCUACCUACUACCCACCGUGCACUUUUGCCUCCUCGUGUCAGGUUACCCCAGGUUUCGUUUAAGUUGUUUAGCCGUCUUUCCGUCGCGGGUGAUCCUACCAACACCAUCUCCGUCCGGCUCAAGGAUCCACCUCGCUGUGUUGGUGCACACUUAACACCCAUGCACAAAUGA